AUGCGUCAGCCACUCUAUCGACUACGACAGCAACCACUGGACACCGUCUCGCCUAUAUCAACCAUCACAUCGAUCAUCUGCGCACAUCGUGGGUUUGUCCACUGCAGUCAUGCGCUGCGUACACCGGGGUAUUCCCGCUACGGUUCCGAGACGAUGCUUACCUCCGUGGCGCGCGACGACGCGAACGGGGUCGAGGUUCGCUUGGAGACUGGGGAUUCGUUGCUG